AUGUUCUGGUCUGGCACCCUUCUCAAUUCCACCGGCCCUCUGGCCAAGGCCUGGCUCUCGGCGAACGUGGAGCGCAAGCUCUCGAAAACACACAUCUUGCAACACAACCUGCAGGACAGUGUCGACGCCAUCAUCACACCCAACCAAGCGCCUCUCGCCCUAAGACUGAGCGGCCAGCUGCUCCUCGGCGUCGUCCGGAUCUACGGGCGCAAAGCGCGCUACCUCCUCGAUGACUGCAAUGAAGCUCUAUUGAAGAUCAAGAUGGCCUUCCGCUCCACUGGGAACCACGACAUCCCUGCGAACUUGCACGUCCAAAACAAGGAGUCGCUCUUGCUUCCCGACCGUAUUACUCCGUACGAUAACUUGGACUUGCUUCCCCCUCCCGAUGCAAAUUGGCUUUCAUCGCAGAUCGAAGAUGUAACGGCAACUCCCCUGGGCCGAAAGAAUCGCGUUAGCAAUCGCGACAUCAACCUUCAGGAAGAUUUCAACAACAGCCAGUUUCUGCACGACGACCUGGGCAUCGACGACGAAUUAGCGCUAGCAAACAAUGACGACCUCGAUCUAGAGUUGGAUUUUGGUAUGGACAUUGACGAACGGCCCAGCAAGCUGAUGGACAAUACCGUGGAAAUCGGUCGAGAAGGUCCUGCGGCUAGGCCAGUGGACGAAGAUAUGUUCAGCGAGCUUGAAGUACAAGGCCACAACAAGGGCCUCCCAAGUCAUGAGCAAUCCUUGGGCCUCGACUUCGACUUCGGUGAGGGCGUCCAUAUUGCGGAUGGCGAGGGCGAUAUUCAGAUGGGCGACGAUGACUUCCAAUUCAACCUUGGUGACCAGUCGGUAAACCCCGCAAUGCCACAACCUGGCCGGGCUCGAAUCUCUGAGUCCCCACUAUCCGACGUCGACGAGGAAUUCGCAAAAGAGAUCGAGAUGGAGUACAGUCGGCACAUGAACACAGACCUCUAUGAGCCUGUCGAAGAUUCUACUGCGACUGUUAUUGCUCCUCAGCGGGCUAAGAAGAGAAAGCUUUUGGAACCCGACGAGCAGACGAUGCUAUCCAGUGCACACAUCAAGGAGCAGCAGGCCAAGAGGGACAACAUCCUCAAGCCCCAGUCCUUCUUGCCAAGAGACCCCUACGUGCUGGGUCUCAUGGAGAUGCAGAAGAAUGGUGGUUUUGUGACCAACAUUCUGCUCGAAGGCCGCAGUGCCGGCUGGGCGCCGGAACUGAGGGGUCUUCUCUCUCUCUCUGCAAUUAGGCCUCAGAACGACCUGAAGAGGAAGCGUGACAGCGGGAUCGCCGAUAUGGACAGCGAUCUAGAACAGGGACUCCCUAAAUCCCCGCGCCUUGAGCUGCCCGAGGACGAGUCAGCGCUUGCCUUUGGUGGAGCUGGUAUCGGUAACCAGAGUGUUGCCGCCGACGGUACAAUCCUCGAUAUACCCGCCGAUGACGGCAUGCAUCCGAUCCACGACGACGAAGACGGCCAUGCAGCAGGAAGAUACAAUUCAAGCCCAGGCCCAGCCUUUGACGAUACCGUUGCACCGAUAGUACACCCAGCCGACAGCGGCCCGGUCUCGAUCGCCACCAAGCACGCCGUCCACAUCCUUCGUGACCUCUUCGGCCCCGAAGCUGCCACAGACUCGCAGAAGCGCCAGCAGUCAUCGGUGGUCUUCCAGGACCUCCUGCCAGAAAAGAAGACCACCAAAGCGGACGCAACAAAGAUGUUCUUCGAGUGCCUCGUCCUCGCGACCAAGGACGCCAUCAAGGUCGAGCAGCCCGAGGGGUCCCUAGGCGGGCCCAUCCGCGUCCGCGGGAAGCGCGGUCUCUGGGGCGACUGGGCCGAGCGCGAGGCUGGCGGCGAGAUCGCCAACCAGGAGCGGGAGAACGAGAACGAGGACGCUAACGAGGACGAGAAUGAGAACGAGCCCGAGCCCGCCGUCCGGUCCGCUGCCGCCGUCCCCGUCGGGGCCUAG